UCCAACCUGUCCUUGCCGUCACUCAAACACACUGCAGAUGCCAUGUCGGACGAUCCUCCGGGCACGCCUCCAGUCCCUCCAGGCCCUUCGCCGCCCUCACGCGUCAGCCCACCGGGGUCAGCGGGGCGAGAUGGCCGGCCGUCCUCCUUGGCGCCGAUGGCUGCCAUUAUCCGCUCCUCCUCACAGGGCUCCUUGCACGGUGCCGAGGCGGAGCGGGAGAUGCCCCGAAGCAACAGCAGCGGUGCGUUGCGCCCCAGUAGCGCGAAGCGGCCCAGCACCACCACGUUGCCUAGUAUCGUGGACCCUCCUCCACCGCCCUUGGCCACUGAAAAGCUGGACCGAGGCCGGCCCGGCACCGGAGCGACGGCCGCCCCGGCGCCCGGCACGGUGAAGUGGGUACCCCACACGCAUGCGAAUCCCAAGCAUGCACGAUUCUGCUUCAUAUGUUUGCACGGCAAGCUGGAGGGGGAGAAUGAUGGGAUCGACGAAGAGGUGAAGAGGCAAAAAGCCGAAGAUCAAGAUCUUCCUGCUCAAGUCGAGCUGAAGGAGAUGGGCUACCUGCUUCCCAGCCCCGCCAACCAAGCGCCCAGCGUGGGCGGCUUUCGCCGGGCAGGUGCCGACUAUGAGCGACAAAAUCUCUCAGCGAUAUGGCUCUUGCAGGUUACCCGCAAGAUCUACGAUGACUCUGUGAAGGCCAUGAUCACCGAGCAGAACACGGCACUGUCCCUCGGGGUGGACGUGAAGUUGGUGAACCACCAGGAGGAUGAGCAGGAUCGACAGGCCUUGGUGCGGCUCUUUCGCCUCUCGGAUGAACAGGACAUGAAGGUGAAGGAGGACAUUGAUGCGCUUUGCGAUUGGUGCUCAAAGCAGGAAGCCAAGCUUCUGGAUGUCUCGCCAACUCCUAAGGAGACCGGCAGCUUACCAGAGGUGGAGGGUCCUUCAGAUCGGCAGAAGCAGCUUUUGGAGUACCAGUCUUUGCUGGACCCUUCCAAAUUGAAAGGGGACUCGGCAAUGGUGGUGAGCAACAUGCUGUCAGCCAUGCAAAACAGCACGAAAGAUGUGAAUUCUUUAUUCAAGGCAGAAGAUCUGCCACGGCCAUUGACGCAACCUGACAUGGCGGAGGUGGAUGUGGUGCCCUAUCCGCUCCAGUUGGAGGACAUCCCUGGCUAUCAAGAGAUGCAGGCCACCAAGCCGGCUCGGCAGCCGGUGAAUGCUCUACGGGAUCCCUUCCAGCGGCCCUUUCUGUACUUGGCCGACUUCCAUGAGACGGUCAUGCCCUCCUUCGAAAGUACCUCGAGCUACGGGGACUGCAGAGUGGCAGAUGCCGUUCCGGCGGAGAAGGAAUGGCUGAGCACCACAAUGAGCAUUUUUCAGGACAACAAUGAUCCUGAGAAGGGCACUUCUGGAUGGGGCGUUGUCCCUCCACGGAAGCGGGUGAUGCCAGUGCUGAUCGACGAGCCGUACUUGCCUCCAUAUGACAUGGUUGGCUGUGCUGAAGGUGUUGGCAAGAAGAUCAUGCUGCGUGGCAUUUGGGACGCGGAGCUGUUCAACCGCGAGGGUGAGAUGGUUCCUCCCCUUAAGGACCGAGGUCGAGGUCUCUAUAUCCCGGUGCCAGUGGUGCACCCAGAUAUGCCUGUUUGGUCGGCCUUCCUGUCACCGCAGAAGUCCCGGGAAGAGAAGGUCACCUCGUUGAUCCCGACUCUGCCGGUGAGGUCCUACACCCGCUUUCGACCGAAGAAGGUCCUAGCCGACAUGCCCCAGUUCCUGUGGGACCUUGUUAGAGAGGAUGCUGCAGGACAAGGACUUUGGGAUGUGAUUCGGCAGCGGCACGAUAUCCCACGGGAAGAGCAGGAGAUGCGACAAGCUGAGAUGGCACGGUUACAGAAGGAGAUCGAUGAGGAAGAGGCUCAGUUCCUCGCCACCGAACAGGCGGAACAGGCACAGUUGCGGGGCUUGGGCUCGAAGGAAUCGGGCUCCAGUGGCUCGCGCCCAGCCUCCCGACCAGCGACGCAGCAGUCGGGGCGACCCGGCACGCAGCAGUCGGCGGGGCGACCGGCCACGCAGCAGUCUGCGUCGGGCAGCCGCCCGGCCACGCAGCAGUCGGCCCGGCCUGGCACACAGGGCACGCAGCACUCAGUGAGCAGCAGCCUGGCGGCCAGAACCAAUGUAGCAGCGGCGCCUCCAUCACCCACAGCGAGGCCUUCGCCUCAUCAGACGCUGACGGAGCAGAGCGCCAACCUGCCGCGGAUGGAGUUGUCUGCGCCAGCCACCCCGGUGGCGACGGGCCUGCCUGGCGAAGGCUUUCCCGGUAGCCCUGGAAGUGCCAGAGCUUCGCUGCUGAAUGAGGAGUUGCAGGAGCGGCAUGCACAUGCACAUGUGCCCCACAUGGGUGAGACGCGGAAGGUGGAAGAGCUACUCGCCGACGACAGGUUCUUGGACUCCUUGGCGGGCAAGCUGGCGAACCGCCUGGGCGGAGCAGGAAUCCAGGGCACACAGACGUUGCGACCCAGUGGAGCUCAUGGCGGUCCUGGUAGUUUAAGCAGCUUCCAACCCACUAUGAAGCGCCCAGAGCCCGUGGCCUUUGCCGAGCCGGCCGAGGGCACCAAGGCAGCUUUGCCACGCGCCUUGCAAGCUGGUGGUGGGGUCGCAGUCGACAAGUCUGGGAAGAAUCUUCAGCGGAACGACAACGAGGUCCACAUGACCAACAUGGACGUGAAUGCCUUCACACAGGAGAAGAUGCGGGGCGAGUGUUACGUGCGCCUUCUGGUGCAUCCGGACGCCGCAUCCGCCAAGAAGGCCAUCGUGCCUUACAUUGGCGACAUGAUGAAUCCGGACAUCAGCUUGGUGAUGGGUGCCAACAGGCCUUACUUGGUGGUUCCUCCAAAGCCUGCGACCUACAAUGAGGAAGGCGAGUUGAUCGAAGACGACGAGUUCGCAGACUUCGAGAAACACGACAAUGUGGCCUUCUCCUUCGUUCGGCACAACCGCUACGAAGCCAUCGAGGCCAUCAUUCAACAGGAGAGCGGCAUCUUGGAAGCCCGGGACGAGUUUGGCAACAACAUGUUGCAUGUGGCGUGUCAGAAUGAUCAUCGUCGUAUUGCCAAGCUUUUGCUGAAGAAUGGCAUUAACGUGAAUGAUCAGAACCUCGCGGGCAACACACCCUUGCACUACUGCUUCCAGUACAACUUCCUCCACUUGUCAGACUAUCUCAUCGCUCAUGGUGCAGACGAGACCAUCGCCAACAAAAAGGGCCUCCUACCCUCCCAGGGUACCGGCGUGGAGGCGGGGCAGACCUAGAGUGGCCUUGGAACGUGAGGUCGGGGCGUGUCAUGUGGCUUCGUUUCACUUAUACAGAGACGGUCGUUGGCCAGCCUGGGUGCUUUACAAGCA